AUGUCCCGUUCGAGCAGCAGCCAUGGGCGGCGGCUGCAGCAGCAGCACCUGCUGCUCCUCGCGAUCCAACUCUCCUGCUCCCUCGGCGGCGCCUCCUCCACCUCCAGCAACCAAACUGCAAAGGUGGUCCCCGUCCGGUGCCGGCCGGAGCAGGCCUCGGCGCUGCUCCGGCUGAGACGCUCCAUCUCCUCCACCAAUGACUCCGCAUGCACCCUGGCGUCGUGGCGGGCCGGCACCGACUGCUGCUGCGGCGGCGGCGGCGGCUGGGAGGGCAUCGCCUGCACCGGCGGCCGCGUCACCACCCUCGACCUCGGCGGGUGCGGGCUGGAGAUCGCCGCCGCCGGCCGCCCCCUCCACCCCGCGCUCUUCGACCUCACCUCCCUCAGGCACCUCGACCUCUCCGGCAACAGCCUCAGCGGGUCCGAGCUCCCGGCUGCCGGGUUCGAGCGCCUCACUGAGCUCACCCACCUCAACCUCUCCUACUCCGGCUUCUCGGGGGCGAUCCCGCGCGGGAUCCGGCGGCUCGGCAAGCUGGCGUCUCUGGACCUGUCUGACUGGAUCUAUCUGGUUGAAGGCGACAACGAUUACUUCCUUCCGCUCGGCCAGGGGCGGUGGCCCGUCGUCGAGCCAGACAUCGGAUCGCUGCUCGCCAACCUCAGCAACCUGCGGGAGCUAAACCUCGGCAAUGUCGACCUGUCCGGCAACGGCGCGGCGUGGUGCAGCGCCUUCGCCAAUUCCACCCCCCGGCUCGAGCUUCUCAGCCUACGGAACACCAACCUCAAUGCUCCGAUCUGUGGGUCGUUGUCCACCUUGCGAUCGCUGGUCCAUGUCAACCUCAAGUAUAACAAGUUACAUGGCGAAAUCCCAGAGUCCUUUGCUGACUUAGCCUCCCUCAGUGUUCUUAGGCUUGCCUACAAUCUCCUCGAGGGGCCAUUCCCGACGAGGAUCUUCCAGAGCAGAAGCUUGACGGCCGUUGAUGUCAGCUACAAUUUCAGGGUGUCCGGUGUGCUGCCCGAUUUCUCGUCGGAUAGUGCUCUGACGGAGCUGCUUGUUAGCAACACCAACUUCUCUGGUCCCGUUCCGAGUUCUGUAAGCAAUCUCAAAUCCUUGAGGAGAUUGGGUGUUGCAGCUGCAGGUGGCUUCCCCCAAGAGCUUCCCUCUUCGAUUGGUGAGCUCAGAUCCCUGACAUCGUUACAGCUUUCUGGGUCUGGUAUAGUAGGUGAAAUGCCUUCUUGGGUUGCAAACUUAACUUCUUUGGAGAGUCUGCAACUCUCGAACUGUGGCUUAUCUGGUCAAGUACCUUCCUUCAUAGGUAAUCUCAAGAACCUAAGAACAUUAAAGUUGUAUGCAUGCAAUUUUUCUGGUCAAGUGCCUCCACAUCUAUUUAAUCUAACUAAUUUGGAAGUCAUAAAUUUUCAUUCCAACAGUCUCAUUGGUACCAUCGAACUCAGCUCAUUCUUCAAUUUGCCCAAUUUAUCAAUAUUGAACCUUUCAAACAACAAACUUUCCGUAGUAGUUGGCGAAUACAACUCUUCAUGGGAAUCUGUCGAUAAUUUUGACACUCUAUGUCUAGCAUCUUGUAACAUAUCCAAGCUCCCUGAUACCUUGAGGCAUAUGCACUAUGUUGAAGUUCUUGACCUUUCAAACAACCACAUCCAUGGUACUAUACCUCAGUGGGCAUGGGAUAAUUGGAUCAACUCUCUCAUCCUGAUGAACAUAUCACACAACCAAUUAAGUAGUAGUAUAGGAUAUGGCCCUGUCAUUUCAGCUAAUAUGUUUGUUAUUGAUAUCAGUCAUAACCUAUUUGAAGGGCGCAUACCUAUACCAGGACCACAGACCCAACUGUUUGAUUGCUCAAACAAUCAAUUUUCAACCAUGCCAUCCAAUUUCGGUUCUCAUUUAAGCAGUAUUUCCCUUCUCAUGGCUUCCAGAAACAAGCUGUCUGGAGAAAUUCCACCAUCGAUUUGUGAAGCAACAAGCCUUAUGCUCCUUGAUCUCUCCAAUAAUCAUUUUCGUGGCUCCAUCCCUUCUUGUUUAAUGGAGGACAUGAGUAACCUGAAUGUAUUAAACUUGAAAGGAAAUCAACUUCAUGGAAGAUUGCCAAAUAGCAUAAAGCAAGAUUGUGCAUUUGGGGCAUUAGAUUUUAGUGACAAUCAGAUUGAAGGGCAGUUACCCAGAUCUCUGGUUGCUUGCAAAGACUUGGAGGCUUUUGAUAUCGGAAAUAAUCGUAUUGAGGAUACAUUUCCAUGCUGGAUGAGUGUGCUUCCUAAACUUCAAGUCCUUGUUCUGAAGUCCAACAAGUUUGUCGGGAAUGUAGGGCCUUCUGUUUCUGGAGAUAAAAAUAGUUGUCAGUUUAUAAAACUUCGAAUCUUUGUCUUGGCUUCAAACAGUUUCUCUGGAUUACUACAAAAUGAAUGGUUUAGAACAAUGAAAGCCAUGAUGACUAAAACUGUCAAUGAGACGCUGAUCAUGGAAAAUCAAUAUGAUCUACUUGGCCAAACAUACCGAAUCACCACUGCAAUCACAUACAAAGGAUCUGAUAUUACUUUUUCAAAAAUAUUGAGCACAAUUGUUGUCAUUGAUGUUUCGGAUAAUGUGUUCUAUGGUGCCAUUCCACAGUCUAUUGGGGACCUUGUUCUACUUAGUGGGGUAAACAUGUCACAUAAUGCCCUCACUGGACCGAUUCCAUCUCAAUUUGGCAUGCUACAUCAACUUGAGUCACUCGACCUCUCUUCAAAUGAUCUUUCGGGAGAGAUUCCACAAGGGUUGGCAUCACUGGACUUCCUUUCAAUGUUGAAUAUGUCCUAUAACAGGUUGGAGGGAAGGAUACCUGAGUCACCCCACUUCUUGACAUUCUCUAAUCUCUCAUUUCUAGGAAACAUGGGUCUCUGUGGACUUCAGGUGUCCAAAGCAUGCAGCAACAUGUCAUCAGGUGUUGUGCUACAUCCCUCGGAGAAGGUAUCAAUAGACAUUGUACUGUUCCUUUUUGCCGGACUCGGAUUUGGUGUUGGAUUCGCAAUUGCAAUCGCCUCUACAUGGGUAACCUCAAGGAGCUCGUCCAUAGCUUUACAGACUGUCAGGAUGAGCCACCAGGACAAUGCUUUGUCUUCCAUUAGUCCAGCUACUUCACCUACCCAAUUGCAGUAUCUCAAGAGGGGCCACGCAGGGAGUUCUCGUCCAUCCAAGCAAGAGUCCUCUUCAACUCAAAUUUGUGUGCCUGUUUCUUCUUCUUAAUUGAAAAACACCUAGCUUCUGCUAGGUUGGAUCUCACCUUCCCAUCACUCAAAAAGGAUCUAAGGUUUGCCCACAUUGUUAUCUCGGAGUUCACUCUACGUAACUUUUAUUUGGCUAGCGAUCUGCAUUCAUUUCAAAUAUAAUAGGGGCCAUAUAUGCUCGACUUUGUAUCUCUUUACCUGAACUAGAGCACCUGCUGGCUGCUGUUGUCUCUGAGUUGUGAUUGCUACGGUGGGGAACAACAGCUUGAGAACCUUACCAUCCAAGGGGUCUCAAGACUAAGUUGAUUAAGGUGGUGUUUAGUUGCCAAAAUCUUUUGGCAAAAACAUCACAUCGAACGUUUGACCGGAUGCUGAAAGA